UAGCACGCCCCUGGGUGUUUGGUCCUCAUGUCUGGGGCCCUCGCCAGUCUGCCGUACGCCCCGAUACUGCCUCACCUCCACCAGGCUUACACCUCCUACUGCCAGGCAAGGAGGGCCUGUGAGCACCGGGGACUCAUUGUGAUUGGGAAAAAGCUGCACAAACAGAACCCUGGACACGGCUAUGCAGAAAGGAGUGCGGGGCCUGUCCCUGGCCAUGUCACCACCAGUGUUGUUGGAGCCAUUGAACAUUUCCACAGUAUCUCUCCAGACUCUGGCAGCUCCCGCUCGUCAGAUGGCAGGGCCACGCCCCUGAGCCACCCCGCCUCCUGGUCAGGGAUCCAGAGCUGCACCACGGGACUCUCCACUGAGAGGAGCUCCAUCUGCUCCUGGAGAGACGAUGAGUUUGACAGGGUUAACACCCAGCGAGUGUGUCAGCUGUUCUCAGACGUGGACGAGUUGCUGUACGAGGGCCGGCAGAGCGGCAGUGCAGCGGCUCUGCAGGAGGAAUGCAGGGAGUGGAACGGGCACUCUCCACACCUCAGGAUUCUGGGAAGUCAGCUGGAAGCUCCGAAGCAGGAGGGGUUUGAGUAUUUCCACAGGAGAGCCACCUGCAGCCAAGCCGCGCUUGCCCCGCCCCCGGACAGCUGGAGCGAGUCCAGAGAGAGCAGUGUCAUCUGCUGGGCGCACCUGCGGGGUUUCAGCGCACUCGGGUUAUUAACACUCGCUAGGUGUGGGAUGCUGCUGUUCUGGCUCAGAGCCAGGGGGGGCAGAUGGCAGAGGGAGCGGCUUCGUACUGACUCAGGAGUGGAAAGAUUAAAAGCCAUUAGGCUAUCUGUCUCCCGGCAACAGGCCGGGCUGUGUGCACUCAUUCUGCAUCUGUUCUCUCCCACUCUAAGGUUGUGCAUCGAGGGCCAAAGGGUGCUUCCCACCCCCUCCAGCAUCCGGAACGUUCUCUCUGUCCGCUCCCUCACUUCCGUCCUGGAGGAGGAGGUCUACGAGGCGGAAGGCAGGAUAGAGGAGUUCUUUGCCUAUGACGCAAAGGAAGCAGACGAGGAGCGCGCGGACCCCAGGAAGGCCGCGGGGGCGGUGCGGAGCGCCGGAGUGCCUCCCGUUUCACCGCACGCCUGCAUCAGAGACGCCGUGACCGGGGAGGUGUUCGACGACGUGUGGAAGGAGGUGGUGCUCCUGCUGGAGGGAGAGCUCCUCCACAAACACUGGGAGAGCGAGGUCACAGAUGGGGUUACUCAUGUGGGGACCUCAGAACUAAGCAAAGUGGGGUGUGACUCAUCGUCCCACAUCCUGCUUAAAACCCUCAGCGGUCCCGUCUCCAGGGGGUCAGACACCAGGAGCCUGUCCCUCUGGCCCAACAUCAUCCCCCGGCAGGCUCCUCGUGUAUCAAGUGCCUUUCAGAGUAAUUUAAACGGUGUUAUGACAAUCCAAGCUAAACCCCUUCAACAAAGACAACAUGGAUUUAUUGAAAAGCCACAGUGUGAGCUGGAGGACAGGCUGGGAACGCUGAUGUCGGCCGGGAAGGGGACGGGGCGGCUGAUGGAGCCCAACGUUCUCUCAGCCUCCAGGGGCGCGAGUGCAUUCUCCCAAAAACUUCCCACCCAGCGCAGACUCCCCAAGCUCAGUGCAGAGACCAGGCCAUCGCGAGGGCACGGCAUUCUACGAGGAUCCAAACUGUCUACCGUGACCGAGGGGCUGGCCACUCCCCCUGUGAAUGCAGUGAGUAAGCAGAGGUUCCCUGCAAUCCGCUCCGACACCCUGGAACAGGAGCUGCCACAUACCUCCAGACACAUCCCGCAGCAGAGAGGGAGGUUUCUUCAGAGCCGCGUGGGCAGUGCGCUGCACCCUGUCUCCGUGUCCGGUCUGCCCCCCCUCAGGGAGCCCACCCUGCUGCUGGAGUCUCUGACCAGGCCCAACACCACCCACACCUUCCGGUCAGACACACCCAUAAAAAGAUCCUUCACGCCCUUGGAGAUCGCCUACCAUAUGCGUACUGGAAGAGGACCUAUGCAAGGUGAGCCCUCGCGAAUCGGAGUGACCGGUUUCAGUCUGGGGGUCGCCUGUUCCACUGCCAACAGCCUCUCGGAGUGCCCUGGCACACAAAGGAGGCCGGCCAACCCUUCCUCCACUGAGGAAGAGGAGGGAGAAGGGCCAUUACCACUGGGAACUUUUCAUCAGCGUAAAGCUUUCAGUCGCAUUCCAAUACACUGCAAGAAGAAGCUCCAAGUGGCAUUGUCAUAGCACAGUCAAAGCGUGAUGCACUGCAAAGACCAGAAGGAACUGUGAAGUGCUAAACCUGUUGAAGAGGAGAAGAUGAGACAUAUCGACCUCACAGAGAGUUAGGGUUAGGCAAACAGGACCUCCUACAGAGACCACUGAUGGGUGGAGCAGCCUGUUGAGGCUCAACCUGUUGAAGACCAGAACAAAAACAGUGCAUUACCAGUCACAGAAUAUAAGGUAAAUGGUUGGCAUUUAUAUAACGCCUUCAUCCAAAGGGCUGUACAAUUGAUACUUCUCAUUCACCCAUUCAUACGCAAACUGGGAUUGGCUGCCAUACAAGGCACCAACCAGCUCGUCAGAAGCAUUUGGGGGUUAGGUGUCUUGCUCAGGGACACUUCGACCCAGGGCAGGAUCGAACCGACAACCUUCCGACUGCCAGCUGACACCUCCUGAGCCAAUGUCGCCCCAAGAAAAGCACACGUUUUAUUUGACAAUAUUUGGUACCUUUGAUGCCCUGUGCAAUACCUCUUUGGACAGGUUCUCUUAGUUUUCAGCUAUGCACCCUAAUUGUAAUUGUAUUUGUACUAAUUUAUUACUUUGACAGUCAUUUUAAAAGAAUGAUUAGUCUCUUCCCCUUGAUUCUCAUAGUUUAUUACAGGCACUGGCAUGGUAAUCCACAGAUCUGAUGAAAAGUAUAGUUUAAGUAUAGCAAAUAUAAUUACACCUGGGACAUCUGCACACAGCUUAUAUAUUUAAAGUGUUUUGCUAUUUUAAACCAUAUAGGAAAGCACAGCUGGCUGAGGUAUGUAAUUAAGAAAAUGUAAUUUUCCAGUAACUGUAGCUGUAUUCAGUAUCCUCCCGUUCCACAGCUCUUUAUUGAAAUCUGCCUGCACUCUCGAUAAUGUUUACACUGAGACCUCCACCAUAAUGCAGACUGGCACAGACAUUUUAUUUCAGAACCUGAUGCUCAUUUUAUUACUGAAAAAACCCUUUCAGAAUACGACAUGCCAUGCAUACUCAUUACCAGAAUGUUGCAAGAAAAAGGUCCUUCAUGAAAUAAAAUCAAAUGUGUGGUACUGUGAGCUUUUAAAGAAGUACAACCUUGAAAACAGGGACUGUGGAAGUGCAGAACACUAAAGACUUGACAUUCACAAUGUCAAUAUUAAUGACUGACUCAUUCAUUUUUUCUGUUAUUAAAUUAAAGACGAUCACAUUUAUUUUGUGUAAAAUGCCAAAAAUAAUUUUGUAUGAUGAGAAUAGU